UGGGUUCGCCACAGAUAACUUCGUUCUUUCGACAGACGACUCUUCUGAAAUAAGCGUGUAAAAGUUCUUGUAAUAAAAUGAGUUCGAGGGACAAUCCUAACAGAAAUCGUGUAUUUAUUGGACGGCUAAAUCCAGAGGCUCGUUCUAGAGACCUGGAAAAGUUUUUCAGAGAUAACGGCUUUUCGAGAUUAAAGGAUGUAAAUAUAAAGUUGGGAUAUGCGUUUGUGGAAUUUGAAGACAAACGCGAUGCAGACGAUGCUGUUUAUGAAUUAGAUCGUAAAGAGUUUUUUGGAUCAAGGCUAACUGUAGAGCAUGCGACAGGCACUCCUCGGGAAGAUAUCGGUGGUGGUGGCGGUAGAAGAGAUCGUAGUCGGUAUGAUGGUGGAGGAGGUGGCUAUCGUGGUGAUAGAGGUUAUCGAGAUGGUGACCGAGGAAGAAAUAGACCUUAUAAUACAGAAUGGAGAAUUAUUGUGCAAAACUUAUCUUCACGAGUUGGUUGGCAGGACCUAAAAGAUUUUUUCCGUUCUGCUGGAGAAGUUACAUUUACAAAAGCCAAUAAAGAAAAACUUGGAGAAGGUGUUGUUGAAUUUAAAACCUACAAGGAUAUGCAACGUGCAAUGAGAAAAUUCGACGGCACUGAAUUUUUUGACCGAAAAAUUAAAUUAAUUGAUGAUUGUCCUGGUCCCCCAAGAGAUUCGCAUUCCAGAAGUCGUAGUCGAAGUAAUAGUCGUGAUAGAAGUAAGCGUUCUCGCAGUAGAAGCAGAUCCAGAAGCCGUCAGAGAACACGAAGAAGAUCAACACGUUCCCCGCGCCGAUCAAGAAGUCGAAGUAAGUCAAGAUCACGAAGUAGAUCAAGAACACCAGACAAGUCGAAAUCCAGAUCAAGGUCACGAUCAAAGUCGAGAGAUUCUCGUCGUUCUCGUUCAAAAUCACCUGAUAAAGAAGAGGUGAAUGGAGAUAAUGCUUCUUAUUCGAAGCGACUUACCCUCCUCCCCUCCCCCAUUACAAGUGGAAUUGUUUUACCUCAAGGCUUUUUUGCCAGCAAAUUUUUCGGUAAACCUGAAGGCGAGUUUCUAGAACGGCCCAGAAUAACUUUUUUUAAAGAGAGUAAGGGUAGAAGAUUUCGCCAGUUUAGAAAAUCGAAUUUCCUUUCUUUUGUUGGCAGUAUAAUAGGGUUAUUUGUUCUUCUGGUAGUGACUACUGAGAGUGUAUACAGGCAGGGGAAAAUCCGAGUUGGUUGGCAGGACCUAAAAGAUUUUUUCCGUUCUGCUGGAGAAGUUACAUUUACAAAAGCCAAUAAAGAAAAACUUGGAGAAGGUGUUGUUGAAUUUAAAACCUACAAGGAUAUGCAACGUGCAAUGAGAAAAUUCGACGGCACUGAAUUUUUUGACCGAAAAAUUAAAUUAAUCGAUGAUUGUCCUGGUCCCCCAAGAGAUUCGCAUUCCAGAAGUCGUAGUCGAAGUAAUAGUCGUGAUAGAAGUAAGCGUUCUCGCAGUAGAAGCAGAUCCAGAAGCCGUCAGGGAACACGAAGAAGAUCAACACGUUUCCCGCGCCGAUCAAGAAGUCGAAGUAAGUCAAGAUCACGAAGUAGAUCAAGAACACCAGACAAGUCGAAAUCCAGAUCAAGGUCACGAUCAAAGUCGAGAGAUUCUCGUCGUUCUCGUUCAAAAUCACCUGAUAAAGAAGAGGUGAAUGGAGAUUAAACUUUAUGUUGUAGUAAAAAGUUGUACAUAUUAAUUUGUUGUGCGAAGCACAAGUCGUCCGCAUGA